CCACCCCCAACAAAGCACCCCACCCAUGCCUUUUUGUUUUCCUCUUCCUCGUAACUCUAUAAAGAAAAGCUAAAGAAGAAGAAGAAAUUUACUUAUUUUCUCUGAAGAGUAGAUAAUUAAUGGAAGAACCUGAAGAACUUGCAAAAUGCACCAGUACUGGAAGGAGACUAAGUAUUGACCUGAAUCGUUCACCCGAAUUCGAGUUUUGGAUGGUCCGAAAUCCUUCCUUUCCUCAACCCGACCUACCCUCUGCCGAUGAACUCUUCUCCGAUGGAAUCCUUCUUCCUCUCCACCCACCUAACCCGAACCCUCCAUCACAUAAAACUGAGCCUGAAUCAUCCGGGUCGGAUAGACCCGAAACCGGACCCGAGGUUUCUGCCGGUGAAUCCACGAACUCUUCGAAGCGUUGGAAAGACAUUUUCAAGAAGAAAACUUCACAGAAUUGCAAAGAGAAUGAUAAGAAGAAGAAAGAGAAGAAGGGCGGCGUUGUAAUUGGUGGAAGUAAUAUAGGGGUGAAUGCGGCGGAGCUGAAUAUCAACAUUUGGCCGUUUUCGAGGAGUAUAUCUGCCGGUAACGGCGGAAGUAGGCCGCCACGGGUGGUGACUCGGAAGGUGAAUAGUGCACCGUGUUCCCGGAGUAACUCCGCCGGUAGGAAAUGGCCGAGUAGUCCCAGCCGUAGUGGAGUACAUUUAGGCCGGAGCAGCGCAGUUUGGCAAGUCCGCCGCUCAGGAGGUCACCGGAAAAGUAAACCUGAAAAGAUUGUCGAAAAAGUUGAAUCUGAAGAACACCAGAAAAUGACGUCAGUUGCCGUCACCGGUAUGCCAAAAGCUAGAGUACUGAAGUUGAAUGUACCGAUGUGCAUUGGUUACCGGCAAAAUUCAGUUUGCAGAAGUGAUGAAAAUAGUGCUAUAAGUGUGGCUGCGGCGGCGGCGGUUGGCGGUGGCCAGAGUGGUGGCGCUGUGACUGAUGAAGUGGCACGUGUGAGUAAUUUGUUUAAUAUAAGAAGCAUUUUUACCAAGAAAGUGCAUUAGUAUUGGUAUGUCCAAGUAAUUGUACAGUUGUUUCUACUUUCCUUUUUUUUUUCUUUUGAAGUUUUUGCUAAUGUAAAGUUCAAGUAGUUCCUAACCUUCAGGAUUUGAGCUUUUUAUUUUUGUAAUGAAUUUAAGUUUUUAUCUAAUGACGGUGACAAAGAUUUCUUUUUU